CUCCUCAUCUCCAUCGCCAUCUCCGCUUUGUCCGGAUCCUUCGUAUCUGCCCUCGGGACCUGUUUGCCCUGCCAUGUCGACCCGGAGCGCUGAGUCGCGCGAUAAUUCGCCAGAUGGCGUGGACGCGUCUCCCGAGAAGCGCAUGAGCAAGAAGCGGAAGGUGCUAUCAUGCUAUGCGUGCCGCAACCGCAAAAUGAAAUGCGACCGCGUCUAUCCCGUCUGUGGGCGAUGCCAAAAGACUGGACGAGCCGAUCAGUGCACUUAUGAUCCGCGCUUGCUGGAGGAUCUGCCUGUGAACGGCGAUGGGCACGUGGAUGGUACGACAAACUUCGGGAACUUUGCCCCGCCGGACAAUCCCUCUUCUGGAGCCGUCUCUUCCAAUGUCCUGACCUGGAAAUUGAGGGUCCAGGAAAGGCGUCUUGACCUUCUUGAACGGAGGUUGGCUGCAUCUGGGAGUGCUAAGGGCUCUUCCUUUGGCGAAUAUCCCUCCCAUUUCGACGACUUCGAGCCGGAUGAGCCACCAUUGCGCGAAGAGAUGAUGUUCAGGGGCAAGGCCUUCAAGACCCAGUUCUACGGGUCGACCAGUCCUCUCAGCGUGCUGACCCAGUUUGCCGAGCUCCAAGUGUUUACACGAGAAGCCUUGGUUUCGGACACGACCAUGCUGCGCAUCCGUACCGAUUUCAAAGCCUUCAGAAACCGCCGCAAAGCCACCCUGAAGGAGAAAGGCCUCAGAACGCAGGGCAGCGAUGAAGAAAUCUAUGCGCUGAUGCCUGACAAGGGCAUCGUGGACGCCCAAGUGGAUCUCUACUUUCGGAUCUUUGAGACGUCGUAUCGCAUCUUGCAUGAGCCGACCUUCUGGAAAGACUACCGUGCCUUUUGGGAACGGCAUUCCAGCGAAGACUCCCCCGCCAGCUUUGCAGCCAUCCUUCUCUACGUCAUGGCUAUCACCAGCUGCCUUUCCCCGAGAGAUGAGAACGUCUUUGUUGGAGAUAGUUCGGUUGACCGGGAAUCCGCUUUGCACUUGAUCGAAACGUGCGAUGCUUGGUUAGCACGCCAGAACCGCAAACACCUGACGCUUUCGUUCUUUCAACUACAAUGCCUGUCUCUGCUCGCCAAGAGGGUCAAUUGCUUGAAGCUGAAGCAGGACUGGAUAAACUGCGGGGAUGUGGUGCGACUUGCUAUCGCGGCUGGCAUGCACCGCAAUCCAUCGUUGCUGUCCGGUGGGAGGGUAUCAGAGUACGAUAAGGAGAUGAGAAGGCGGCUCUGGGUGACCAUCGUCGAGAUGGAACUCCAAUCGUCGAUCGACUUUGGGCUCCAGUCCUCCCUUUGCGGUUUAUACUUCGACGUUCCCCCGCCAGCGCAUCUUCCAGACGAUGCGUUUUCUCAGGACACGCAGCAGAUACCCGCCAGUCGACCGCUCGAGCACUUUACGACUGCGUCGUAUCUCAUUCUAACAUUGCAAUCACUACCUCUCCGCGUCCAUCUCCUGCAACUUCUAAACAACCCAACCACGGAUCUCCAGUACUCAGAUGUACAACACUAUGACGCCCAAAUCACUCAGCUCCUCUCCUCACUCCCUUCGUGGAAAGAUCCGCGUGCUGCAGUACCCGCAGCGUUACUAGACGUGCAGCUACGGCAAUUCCUCUUGAUGUUACAUAGACCGUACGCAAAGCUAGCCGCGAAGAAUCAGCGCUACAGCUACUCCUUUACAGCGUGUGUGGAUGCAGCAAGCUCGAUAAUGUCCACGUAUGACGACCUCGUAGCGAAGGGAGUUCUUGUUCUUAACCACCUCCGAAACGAUAUCUUACGAACCGGCAUCACUCUCGCCCAAGUAGUCUACCACAAUUGUUCGCCUUCUCCCGGACCCGCUCCGGUUCUUUCUUCUCCUCCAUCGAAAGAACCUCACCUGCCCGCUGUCGACCUACCGGAGACCUACGCACAGAAUUCUAUCCCUCCCGCUCCCGAAGUCAAGAUACCUCAGCUUCCCACGUCCAACUUCCUCACUACAACUCUUUGUACCACCGCAAUAGCUCUCCUCGAGAAAGCCCGCUUGACAUUCGAGCACAAAGUAAUGCGCCUCGGAACAGGAUACCUCGAAUACUGGCUCUUCUGCUCCGCUCUGGGCCUUAUGCCUUCAACCUCCCAUUCAAACCAACCCGCGACCUCAAUCGCUUCUAUCACACACUCCGCUCCGGAAGACAUCCGCUCGCGCGGCCGAAAAGCCCUCGAGCGUGUAACAUCUCUUUGUUUCCGCGUGCUCGCCAUGCAAAAAGAUCCCGAAGAUAGCUUCGCUUCCUCCCUCCGAAGUGCUAUAACCCCGCAAACCCCAUUAUCCAAUAUCUCUCUUCCUAGCGCUACGGCACUCGCUUCUGGAAGCGAUAAUCUGAUGCCACCAGUUAUUCCAGGCGCAACAGGUAUAGUAGAGCUUGCGCAGCAAGGAAAGGGCUUCGGAAACGUCGGAGCGUUCGAUGGCUUGAGCGACAUGCAGGUCGAUCUGACCGGCUGGACGUUUCCGGAGUUUUGGGCUUUUGAUAUGGCGGGCGAUUUGUGAUUGGGUUCUUUCGAAGCGGUUUCGGCGCGGUGGAGAGGCGUACAGUGGAGGAGGGUAUUCCAUGUUGAGCUCGUCAGUGUUCUCUUUGCUCAGCUUGAGCUGCGCUACACUCCACGCGAGGUUGCCCGCGUCAGUGGUUGUGGCGCCGGUUCGGUCAUCACCGGAAUUAUAUAGGGUAGUGCUAGCACCUUGAUUCGACGCAGGAGUCUUCGCGGAGGGCGGUGGAGUCGGCGCGGCGCGAAUUGAGGGAGGUAGAUUGAUAGUUUUUGGCGGCAUUUUAGAUGAUCAGCUUGAAUGUUCGUCACAUAGUCUACAGGUUAGUGUUUUCGCCAAGCUUUAGACACAAGUUCUUUC